AUGCAAUCCAGGGCUUCAUCCAUUAGAGAAUUGCUUAUCUCAUCACAUCAAGAAAGCCUUCGAAUCGUUGCCGAAGCCUCACUUCACCCAAGACACCGACGGAGCACAAACUCUUCUUCCACACAUGGUUUCUCGUUCCUUCGGCAAAGUGAGCCUGAGACUCUGGAGAUUUCUCGAGCCGCGGAGGUUUUUCAAACAACUCUUCAAGUCCUAAAGAGCAAAGUAAACCACCGAUAUAAGAGACAUUUGACGGCGGCAGGGCUUUUGUCCUGGGAGGAUGUGGAGCUGAUUGCAGAGAUGGCUCAGUGUCCUCCUGUGACACAUCCAGCUGCCUGUCAGUACAGUCAUCUCAGCAAGUACCGCACCAUAUCAGGAGUCUUCAACAACAGGCAAAAUCCUCUCUGGGGAGCAGCCAACAUCCCCUUGGUCAGAUGGCUUCCAGCUGAAUACGAAGACGGGCAAAGCGAACCCAAGGGCUGGAACCGAGGCCGGCUCUAUAAUGGAUUCCAACUUCCCCCGCCUUGGACAGUCAGCAGGGAAAUAAUAAGGAGCUCUUCCAAGAGGGACGAUUGUUUCUAUUCCCAGCUGUUGGUGGAGUGGGGGCAGUACAUUGAUCACGACAUAACCUUUACCCCACAAACCACUGGCAGCGCUCCCAUGCACUGUGAAAACACAUGGUCGUUCUUUCCCAUUGAGACAGAGCUGUCUGGUGCACAAGGCUGCAUGCCUUUUCAUCGCUCUACACCAGCCUGUCCUGCACCAGCCUGCGCCGCCAACGUUGGGUCUGACAUGGUGCAGGCCCUGCAACGACAGCAGAUGAACGCCAUCACGUCUUUCAUCGAUGCAUCAGUCGUGUAUGGCCACACUCAGAACAUGGAGAGCUACCUUCGGGACCUUCCUGGCCUUAAUGGGAAGCUUGCUGUCAAUGGCAAGUUCAAAGAUCCAAAAGGGAGGCCAUACCUUCCUUUUGUAGCCAUCCUACCAUCGGCCUGCCACCAGGAUGUGAAGGGGGAGAGAGUGGAGUGUUUUGCUGCUGGAGACACCCGAGUCAACGAGGGUCUGCCUCUGACCACUCUGCAUACGCUUUGGCUCAGAGAACAUAAUCGAAUAGCAGAGACAUUGAAACGCCUGAAUGGUCACUGGACCCCGGAGACUAUAUACCAAGAGACCCGCAAGAUUAUUGGCGCUCUGCACCAGAUCAUAACCAUGAGAGAUUAUGUUCCAAAAAUUAUUGGCCCGGAUUCUUUUGAACAUUUCAUUGGAACCUACAGAGGAUACGAUCCAGCUGUGGACCCCUCAGCCUCCAACGUGUUUGCUACAGCUGCAUUCAGGUUCGGCCACGGUACGAUCUCAUCGAUACUCAGGAGACUAAAUGAGAGCUUCCAGGAACACCAGCACUUCCCCCACUUGAGACUGCACAACAAUUUCUUCAGUCCUUGGAGAAUUGUCAAAGAAGGUGGGAUCGAACCAGUUCUCAGAGGUAUAAUUGGAACCGCCGCAUCAGCUCUUACCCCAAACAUGCUAUUGACAGAUGAGGUAGCAGGCAAGCUGGUGGUCCUUGGUACAUCACAACACUUGGACCUGGCCUCCCUUAAUCUGCAGCGAGGACGUGAUCAUGGCCUUCCAGGAUACAAUGACUGGAGGGAAUUCUGUGGCCUGAAGCGAAUUGAGACAUUGGAUGAUCUCAAAGAGGUUGUGGGGGAUCACAAGGUGGCAGAGAAGAUACUAAAUCUAUACAAACAUCCGGACAACAUCGAUGUAUGGCUCGGAGGACUCGCUGAAUAUUUAUUACCGAGGUCAAGAACUGGUCCCCUCUUUGCAUGUCUGAUUGGAAAGCAGAUGAAGGCACUCCGUGAUGGCGAUAGGUUUUGGUGGGAAGCUGAGGGUGUCUUCACCCUCCAACAAAGGAAUGAGCUCCUAAAAAGUUCUUUGUCCCGUCUCAUCUGCGACAAUAGUGACAUACGGGAAGUCCUUCCUGAUUCUUUCAGAUUGGGGACGUACCACUCCGAUUAUGUCUCUUGUGAUUGCAUAUCAUCUAUGAAUUUGGAAGCUUGGAAGGAAAUGAAAAACCAAGACAUACAACAGUGUGGCUCUCCAAGCAAGAUAAAGAAUGGGGUUUAUAUUUUGUCCUCGAUAUCUGGCAAACUGACUGCUCUGUACUCCUGUUACCAUGGUUUCAAAUUAGAGGGUGCUGUUGCAAUAGUUUGUGAAGGAAAUCGUUGGAGUGAUCAGCCCCCUCAAUGCACAGCGAUUCCUCCUUGAGAUGUACUUGGUGUGGCAGACCCAGUAAUGCUUCACAGUCCUCGAACCAAACUCAGGGAAAAUUUGCUGUCCUUGCUUAAAGCCUUCUGAUGAUAUUAUGCCUUAGAAGCGCCAACAAUGACAAUUUACUAAAUCAUUAAUAUGCUGUCUAUUAUCAUUCGCUCAUACUUAACUGCAGGAAAGGUAAUACUAGUAGCAUUCACAAAAUACCUUUCCUGGCCAAAUUACUUAUCCAAGCCACCCAUUACAAAAUAUGUGCAUAAACAAAACUAAGUGGUUCAUAAGAAUAUGAUGAACUUACCAGUCUGCAUUGAAGAGAAACCAGAAUGCCAAGUCAAACAAACAAAAUUAUGAAAUGUUGUCAUGCUAUAUUUUAUGCUUACUUAAUUGCAAUUGAACUGGAAAAGGCCUGAGUGUAAAUCACUGUCAUCACAGAAAGUCAUUUUCACAGAUUGUGAA